AUGGUCGCCGCGUCCAAGCCCACCAACAAGUCAGCCAGUAAGGCUGGUGCCCCUAUUAUGCAGCUGGGUAAGAAGCGCACUUCCAAGUUACCAAACAUUCUAAAAUCCAAAUGUGUCGAGGGCGAUCUUACGAGUGGCAGUUUCUUCUCAGGCAUGGAGAACGGGCUACGGCCCCUGCAGUACGUGUUGCAGACUUUGUUUGGGCCAAAUGUUCACGUGAAGCAGAAGUUCGCAAUCGACAAGGAUCGGGCGUGCCAGAGGUUCCUCAAAGCGAACAUUGCCUCCGAUUGCGUUAUCUACGGUGACGUGAAGAACGUGAACUUGGCUCGCCUGCCGUAUGUUGAUUUCCUGUGGUACAGCCCGCCAUGCAACAAGUACAGCCAGCAGGGAAAGCAGCAGGGCUGGGAGGCGUCCUCCGACCACAGGGACGGCACGCUCGUCAACUUCCCCCUGGAGUACAUCCGCCGACACCAGCCCCUAGUUGCAGUGAUGGAGCAAGUCCCGACCAUCAAGACGAAACACUUCGGCGUCUAUUCGUACAUCAUGCACAGCCUCCGUCGCAUUGGCAAUUGCUGUUGCAGCGUGACCGACCACGUUGUCGACACAAAAGACUACGGCGUUCCCCAGCGCAGGAAGCGACUCUACAUCGUGGCACUGCACAAGUCGGCGGUGCCGAGCAUUCCUGUUUUCCAGAUGCCUGCACCCCUGCCGGUCCCGAGCCUGGAGAGCUACUUCGACAUGCAGCUCAAGGGCUGCCUGGACGACGUCCCCGACUACUCCAUCCCGAACCUCUUCGAGGCCAUGAAGAAGGUGUUCAAGAAAGGUGGCAACCCCUGCACAGAGACGUGGAUCAUGGACAUACUGGGUGGUGGUAAGAACUGGGUCACGGUCGAGAAAAAUCUAUGCCCUACGAUCACAGCGAACCGCGGGUAUGGAGGCGGCUAUUUCAUAUCGAACCUCAUGCGAUUCACGACCCACGAGGAGUUGGCCAAGCUCCAGGGAGUGAACAUGCAGGGCGUGGUCAUCCCCGACACGGUGAGCAUCAAGCAGUUCAAGAAGAUGGUCGGCAAUGCAGUGUCUUCUAACGUGUCGGGGAUCAUAUUUUUCCAGAUUCUGAACGCCAUGAAGUGCAGCAGGAACGCGCGGGCGGCGAAGCGCACGCGGCUCGUGGCGUCCGACUUCGCCCUCCACGUCUACGAGGCCCCGCCCGCCGACGGGGCGCAGGACAGUGUCACCGAGCUGACGACAGGGCACCCGCUCCUGGACCAGCACCUCCGGCGGGUGAACCUGCGGCGGAAGCGCAGGCAUCUCGCCGAGCGCCUCGCGCUCGAGCAUGAGGAGGGCGGCGCGCCGGCGGAGCCGAAGCACAGGGCCGCGCCGAGGCCGUGGAGCUCUGAGCACCCGCGCCGGCGCUGCCAGGGCCCGCAAAAAGGCCAGGCGGUGCGACGCGCCGACCUGCGUGCUCGCCAUUCGGGG